AUGAUCACCAUCGAGCGACUCACCGUGGAACACUACGAAUCCGGCUUAGGAAUCGAUACCCCUCGACCGCGUCUUAGCUGGAGGUUCAACUCUGAUCAUCAAGACGAACGGGAUAGACACUGGGAACAGGCGGCUUACGAGCUCGAGAUCGUCGAUCAGGAUCACCUCCAGGCCGAAGCCAGCGUCAAAGUCGACGAUGCUGAUUCCAGCCAGACACACCACGUCGUAUCAUCUCAAUCCGUCCUUGUUCCCUGGCCAGCACUUGCCUCGACACUCGACUCCCGCUCCCGCCGAACAGUGCGUGUGCGAUCACGAUCCACCUUAGGCGACUGGACGCCCUGGUCAAAACCUCUUCAUCUCGAAACAGGACUUUUGAAACGGGAAGACUGGGUGGUCCCGUUCAUAACCGGUCCUCCUCAACCAAAAGGAGAGAGCAAACGACCUUUCUACUUCCGAGCCCGGUUCCUUUCCCCAUCUACGGCCAGCCGUGCCAGGCUGUAUAUCACCGCUCGAGGGGUCUACGAAGCCCAUCUGAACGGCCAACCGGUAUCCGACCACGUUCUCGCUCCCGGAUGGCAAUCCUACUCUCACCGGCUCGCUUAUCAGACAUUUGACGUAACCCAUCUUCUCGACCCGAAUUUAGGGGCUGAGAACACCAUCGGCGUGAUACUCGGUGAGGGUUGGUAUUCCGGUCGACUGGGUUAUCGAGGAGGGAUCCACGAUAUCUGGGGAGACAGGAUGGCGGUACUGGUCCAGCUCGAGAUCGAUGGCAAACCAGCCAAGUUUGAGGAGGACUGGACGUGGAGUUACGGUCCCAUCCUGUCUUCGGGGAUCUACGAUGGAGAAGUUUACGAUGCUUCGCUCGUCGAUCCACAAUGGUCCAUCUCCAGCCUUAGUUCCACCGAGAAUAAACCUAGGGGUGGUGAUCCCUGGCUACCGGUAGAAACGCUACCUCUCGACGGCCCGCUCCCCUCUACGCCACAAUCUCCUCCGAUCCGAAGAACGCAGGAGAUCAAGCCCAUCGAGAUCAUCGCCACUCCUUCUGGUCAGACCGUUCUCGACAUGGGUCAAAAUAUGGUCGGCUGGUUACGCUGGAACACCUCCGGUCCUGGCAUUGAUUUCAAUCCCGGUUCGACGCACGAGGUCACGCUGCAGCAUGCCGAGGUGCUCGAAUUUGGCGAACUAGGUACUCGCCCUUUACGACACGCCGCAGCCACCGAGACGGUCCGCCUAUCCCCCGGCGUCUCGUUGCAGGGCUACGAACCCAAGUUUACGUUCCACGGGUUCCGAUACGUCCAGGUGACCGGUUGGCCCGGUCUGACGUUGGACGACCUAACAGGGAUCGUCGUUCAUACCGAUAUGGAGCGAUUAGGAGAAUUUUCCUGCUCGCACUCCUGGUUGAACCGGUUGCAUGAUAAUGUCGUGUGGGGGAUGAGGGGCAACUUUUUAUCGGUCCCGACAGACUGUCCGCAGAGUAAUCCUAAUCGAUCAACCCGACUAACGUUCGUUCUCGGUACGCGCAGAGACGAACGACUCGGUUGGACGGGCGAUAUCCAGGUCUUCACCCCAACCGCAGCGUUCCUUUACGAUACCAGCGGUAUCCUAGGCGACUGGCUGCGCGACGUCCGCUCAGAACAGCUCUUCGACCUCGACAACGUUCCCUCGGUCGUCACACCCAAUAUCCUCGAUCGGUUGCGCCCGGAAGACCAAGGCUCGUUUGCCAUCUGGGGCGAUGUGGUCGUCCUAACUCCUUACGACCUCUACCUAGCCUCGGCCGACGACGAGAUCCUCCGACGACAAUGGGAUAGCUUGCGAGCCUGGUUGGAUUGCGGGAUCGUACGUGAUCCCAAGACCGACCUUUGGCAUCCGGAUGUCUUGCAGCUGGGGGACUGGUUGGACCCUAUGGCGCCUCCCGAUUGCGCGGCUUGGGGUCAGACGAACAGCGUCAUGGUCGCCGACGCUUACCUCGUGCACGUCACUCGGAUAGCCAGCCGGAUCGCCAGCGUUUUGAAGCUGGAACAAGAGGCCGAGCGCUAUGGCAAACAGGCCGAGAGGUUAUUGACCGAGUUUGGCAACCAAUGGAUCUCGCCAAACGGUAUGCUAUCUAGCGAAUCCCAGUGUGCUCUGGCCCUGGCUCUUUACUUCCGUCUAGAAGGUCCCGGCCAACGAGGUAUCGACCGUCGAUCCGCCUGGUCUGCCCGUCUAGACCGUCGGAUCCGUAGCCAAGGCUUCAAGAUCUCCACCGGUUUCGCCGGGACUCCCAUCAUCCUCUCCUGCCUCGCCGACGCAGGGCUGACACAUCUCGCCUACCGGAUGCUGCAAGAGAAACAGCUUCCCUCGUGGCUCUACCCCAUCUCUAUGGGCGCGACGACAUGCUGGGAGAGGUGGGAUUCCAUGUUACCCGACGGCCGGAUCAAUCCGGGGGAGAUGACCUCGUUCAACCAUUUCGCGCUCGGGUCGGUAGCCCAUUUCCUGCACUCCCAAAUGGGAGGUCUUGUCAUCGAAGAGCCUGGCUGGAAGGUGUUUCGAGUACGGCCUCGACCCGGUGGUACGGUCACCCGGUGUGCCGUUUCGCACAUCACUCCUUAUGGACGAGCUGCAUGUUGCUGGGAGAUCGUAGGAGACCGCCUAGUAGUCGACGUCGAGGUCCCACCUAAUAGCCGAGCUAUUAUCGAUCUUCCUGGCCGAGAGACGAGUGAGAUCGGUAGUGGGAAGCGGAGGUUCGAGGUGGACUAUCAACACGAUCCUCGUUGGCCGCCAAAGGUGCACCAGCUCAACUACUCUGCGGUGUUGCUAGACGACCAGACGUUGUCCGAUCAGCUUGCUUUGCGAGUUCACUCACGAGCCAACAAUCAAGGACUUACCCCUCGAGUGGAUCCAUCGACAUCUCACCCAGACGAUACUCCGCCGCUCGACCACCUCUGCCCUCAUCCAUUUGGCCAUAGUCCUCCUUCCAAAUAUUGCUCAAUAAUCAAUAGCGAUGUCUCUCCGAUCCGGUCCAUCAAAUCCUGGUCCGAGUUCCCGCAAACGCCGUCGAACCAGUCCGAGGGAAUUUCACGAUUCCAGACCAGCGGCUCAAUCGAUAUUGUUUCCCCUGGACGGAAAGAUCGAUUGGCCUAUAGUUGCGUUCCAUGCCGAGCAAGAAAGUCCAAGUGCGACCGCCAACUACCAUGUUCGACUUGCAAGGCCCGCAACAUUACCAGUGAAUGUAGGAUCAGCGACCGGGAACGACAAGCUAAAUUGACCGGGUACACCCAGCUUCAAGAUUUCUCAACCCUAUUCAAACGGGUCUCAGAGCUAGAACAAGUCAUCUCAGUCUUGAUCUCCAGGAUCGGGGACGAUCCGAAUGCCUAUACCGAACUGCACCGAGAGGAAGAGAACAAUGAAGGUGAUCGGGAAGCACAAGAGGAUGAGCUCGAGGAGGAGGAUAACGAACGAGCGGUCACUUCCGACGGAGGGGGAACUUUCGGAAUUUUCGACGAGGACCAAACAGGACAAAUAGGACGAGAUGGAGGACAUGUAGGCUUUGCCUCGGAUGAGCCGCAAGAGGGCCCCUCAUACCAGCACCCUGUAUCGAGAGCUCAAGAACCACCCUACUCGGAUUUAUCACGAUCCGCCGGACAACCAGACUUUCCCGGUCAGCAUCGAAAUUUGGACGAACUCAGGAGCGCAAAUAACCUCCCUGGUCCUAGUCAUAAAGACUCGGGAAUCGAUGCUUCUGGGCUGGAAGGUCAUGCACCGACGCCGGGGGAAGAUGACGAGCGGGGCGCGGCGUACCGUUUCGAGGAUGGAAUCCUCGGGCGUAAAGCUCGGUCCUCUGACGAACCAGAACCUAUCACUCCAGUCGGUACGACCUCUACUUCCUCCGAAGCUCAGUCAUCAUCCAGGCUCGACUCGAACCCAACGGUCUUCACCGGCCUUGUAGCCAAGAACCACCUCGCUCCAUCGGCCAACUACGUAGAGGCUAGCGGGAUCGUCAGGCGGAUACCGUCUGUUCAGGUCGGGAGGGUUUUGAUCAGGUUCUUUUUGGAAGACAUCGAGAACAAAUUCGCUGUAGGAUCCUAUACCAUAUUGCACAAACCGACCUUUAUCGAACAAUGCGAGCGGUUCUGGACUACCAUCAGCGGUUCCCCAACCCAUCUGACGAGGAAACAACUAGGAUUCACUUCCCUCUACAUGUCAUGCCUAGUAGCCAGUAUCAGGAUGCUGGACGUUCCGCGAUUACAAGCACUCCUUGGCUACGAUCGAGAUACUGCCGAGCGGUAUGCUUUGCACUGGCAUCAGGUCGGACACGAUGCGCGGGAAGCUUCGGAUUGGAUGCAGUAUCAUAACGUCAACGUCUUGCAAAGUAUCAUUAUUAGCGGCCCCUAUCAUCUGGUAAUCAGGCGAAGCGAAUAUCAUGGUAUUCUACUAGGCGCUGCCAAACGCGUGGCGCACAGCCUAGGUAUGUCGGACUACCUCGCACCCAGCGCAAGCACAAACCGGCGUCAAUCGAUGAAGGGUCUCAAGAUCGAUCACGAGAUCGGGCGACGGAUCUGGAUGGGUCUCGUCGAGCUCGAUCCGAUCUGGAGUAUGCAGCACGGUCUCGUGCACGGUGUCGAGGUCAAUCCUACCGUGAUGCACCUACCGGCCGACAUGAACGACUGCGACCUGUUACCGGACGACGAUGUGGAUACACCGAGAAUCUGUGGACGCACUGACAUGUCGUUCUCGAUAUCGAGGUUCAAAUCGUCGAGCGCGAUGUACAGCUUGACGGAGCGAUUCCAUGGAAGACGGCUCAGUUUGACCUGGAAGGACGUCAUGAGGGCUGAUGAACGUUUGCAACACGAGAGGCAUUCGCUCCCCGAGUUCUAUACGGAUCUGAUGGUAUCAAGCGCAACGACGCUGACAGACGAUAGUCAGACGUUGAAAGAAGCCCUGAUGCUGCGAACCAUCUAUGCACACACACGCAUGGAACUGCACAAACCUUUCUUUUCCUCAUCCUAUAGUACUCGAUGCCAUGAUAGUGGACAGCGUGCCAGUGUGGAUUUCUGCCUCGAGGCUGCCGAAGAAAUCGUCAUAUCUGUCGAGCAGACCCUGGAAUUGGAGCCCGGGGCAUUGGGUCAUGGCUACAGAGCCGCCGCAACGUUCACAGCAACUAUUGUGCUCUUCAUCGACAUGUGUCACCAAGCCGAUCGAGGGGGAAUCUUGAAAGCCGAGGAACGGGUAUCUCGUGGUCUACGGUUACUCCGCAUGCAGACUGCUUCCACAAAGCGAUGCCUUCUACAGCGGGGGGAUCCUAUUAUCGGACAUGUUGCUCCAGGAUCAACUCCAACGUUCCCGCUCCGAAUCUGCAGUACCGGAUGA